AUGGGAUCGACCAACGGCAAGACCACAAAGUUACCGCUCGUGCCCCUAGCCAAGGAUACCGUCCUCUUGCCAGGCGUCACUCUGCGCAUCUCGCUGAAUAAUCGCCCCGAUGUCGCCAACCUACUUUCAUCGCUCGUGAACCGCAGUCGGAGAGAUAACAGCCCCAUUACCAUUGCGUGCGUCCCCCUUGCAUCUCCUCGAUUGAGCAAGGAUGGCCUGCAGCUUAUAGAGAACGGAACGGAACCGGACAAUCAGGAAGAAGAGAGCGUUGAUGCCGGUCAGGCACGCAAAGAAGAUCUUUUCAAGUAUGGCGCACUUGCAAAGGUUGUUGGGGUCCAACGUCGUGUUUAUUCGGAACCAUAUCUACUCGUUGAGGGUAUUAGACGGCUAUCUGUUGUCAAGGUCCUCAAAGAGCGGCCUUUUUUCGAAGCCGAGGUGUUGCUACACGAUGAGAUUGCUCCUAGUCCCAAGGAUACCGAGACGGUCGAAUCUUUCCAACGCCUGAAGCAACUUGCCCGUGAGCUUCUGACUUUAUUAAGACUCACAUCGCUCUUCCCAUCGAACCCUACAAGUAUCUCGCCCACCGUUGCCCGUCGAUUUGAAAUCUUUAUUUCUCGAAGAGAGUAUGCGCAGGCAGGUAGCUUGGCGGAUUUCAUGGCUGAUAUUGUCGAGUCGAGUCUCGAAGAGAAGCUGCAGGUCUUAGCAGCAUUCGAUAUCAAGGACCGAUUGGAACGAGUUAUCGAACUUCUUAAUAGACAAGUGCAAGGAAUCAAAAGCAAUGUCAAAAUCACUUCAAUUACGACCACAAGCAAUAACUCGCCUAUCGAUAUUUCACAACUGGACCCGAGAUUGGCUCGCCGCGCUAUGGCUGGCCUCAAUGGAUUCUCCCCCAAUGGUUCUAAUGGUGGAAAUGAAGACGAAAAGGAACCAAAUGAGGUUGAUGAACUUGAACAACGUCUGAAUGAAGCACAACUGAACCCAGAAGCUCGCAAGGUCGCCGAUCGGGAGCUGAAACGAUUGCGCAAGAUGAACCCAGUCAAUGCAGAGUAUGGAGUUUGCCGAAACUACCUCGAGAAUAUAGCGGAGAUUCCUUGGCUGAAGACGACGGAAGAUAAACUUGGAAGUGAUGCUUUACAACGAGCUAGGAAACAGCUCGAUGACGAUCACUAUGGGCUAGAAAAGAUAAAGAAGCGUUUGCUAGAAUACCUUGCUGUCCUCAAAUUGAAACAGUCUGUCAAUGUUGAGAUUGAGCGCCAGAUUGCCCAGGUAUCAGAACAGCUUACUGCUUCCGACAAGGAAACCGAGAAAGAAAAAGAUGCCGAAAUUACUACCCUCUCUCAGCCGGAAAAGGAAGUUCUCGAGACCAAGCUCCAUAUCUUAAAGUCGAAGCGUACCGUCGAUAAAUCACCCAUUCUUCUGCUGGUUGGACCACCGGGAACUGGUAAAACUAGCUUGGCCAAGUCCGUAGCUACAUCCCUGGGACGCAAAUUCCAUCGUAUAUCCCUCGGUGGUGUACGGGAUGAAGCCGAGAUCAGGGGUCAUCGUCGCACUUAUGUUGCGGCCAUGCCUGGUCUGAUCGUCAAUGGCUUGAAGAAAGUGGGUGUUGCGAAUCCUGUGUUCCUCCUUGAUGAGAUUGACAAGGUUGGUGGAUCAAAUUUCCACGGCGACCCAUCGGCUGCGAUGCUUGAAGUCUUGGACCCGGAACAGAAUCAUAGCUUCUCCGACCAUUAUAUCAACAUUCCUAUCGACUUGAGCAAGGUUCUUUUUAUUGCUACCGCGAACUCAUUGGAUACCAUCCCAGCGCCUUUGCUCGAUCGUAUGGAGACGAUUCAACUUUCGGGUUAUACAACAGUAGAGAAACGACAUAUUGCUCGACGGCAUCUUCUUCCUAAGCAGAUCAGGACCAAUGGUCUAUCUGACAAUGAGGUAUCCUUAUCAGACGAGGUCCUCGAGAAGGUCAUCACCGCGUAUACCCGUGAGUCGGGUGUCCGUAACUUGGAACGCGAGAUAGGUUCAGUGUGUCGCUACAAGGCUGUGCAAUAUGCCGAUUCAAAGGAGACGAACAAUAUGGAAUCCUACAAUCCACGUGUAUCCAUAGAGGACCUUGAAGAUAUCCUUGGAAUCGAACGGUUUGAUGAGGAGAUUGCCGAGACCUCCUCUCGUCCAGGUAUUGUUACUGGUCUGGUAGCAUACUCUACCGGUGGCCAAGGCAGUAUCCUGUUCAUUGAAGUUGCAGACAUGCCCGGAAACGGGCGUGUACAGCUCACUGGAAAGCUGGGAGAUGUCCUCAAGGAGUCUGUCGAGGUAGCGUUGACUUGGGUCAAAGCCCAUUCAUUCGACUUGGGUCUCUCGCACGACCCCAACGAAGACAUUAUGAAAAACAGGAGUCUCCACGUUCACUGCCCCUCUGGUGCUAUUCCUAAGGAUGGGCCAUCUGCUGGUUUGGCUCAUACCAUUGCCCUCGUUUCUCUUUUCUCAGGCAAGUCGGUGCCUCCUCAAAUUGCGAUGACUGGAGAGAUCUCUCUUCGUGGCCGGGUGCUGCCGGUGGGCGGUAUCAAAGAGAAACUUAUUGGUGCCAUGCGUGCAGGAGUGAAAAUGGUGUUGUUGCCGUUCACUAAUCGCAAGGACGUCAAAGAUGUACCGCAAGAGGUUCAGGACGGUCUCGAGAUUGUCUAUGUCAAGCAUAUUUGGGAAGCUCUCCGCAUUGUUUGGCCACAGGCUCAUUUCCCUGGCCAGCAGCUCAACAUGUUCGAGAGCCACCUAUAA